CACUUGCUCUCUUGUUUGUGUGAUUUUUUAUUUGGUCGCUCAGUGGUAGGAUAUUUGAAAAUCCUGCCUCUGUCUCCAUCAUGAUGAAGAGCUCCACUGUCCCGCCGCUGUCUGUUUAAGCACCUUGGAGAACUCCGCUCCGCAGCACAGCGCACCGCAGAGGCUGAAUCUGGACUGUGCGUAAACUACGUCAAAUCCGUACAGAGGCUUCACUGGCAGCGCCGCCUUGUCUUCACCCUUUGUUGGUGAUUUUUGCCUGACUCUUAACUUCUUCAGGUUUUGCCUGCAUUGCCUUAUAGCUAUAGGACUAGAGUCCCCUCUCCUCGCUGCCAGGAUAUCAGAGGUGUUGUGGAGACUGCAGGGGAGAUUUAGAGUGAUGCUGUGUGGUUCAUAGCUCUUCAUCCCUUCGCCGGAUCGGGUUUCUCUGGAUUGGCCGAGGCAAAUGCCAUUCAGUACACUCUCCCUGUCCGCAUGGUAUAAACAGCAUGGCCACCGCACAUUCCAGUGGGUCUAAAUAUAUCUAUUAAGGCCACAGGAGGGGGAGGACUGGUGCAUGGUGGGGGUUUAUCCUGGGACAUUUCACUGCCGUGGUGAACUCGCACCACUUGAAUUAUCUUCCGGAGAUUGACAAUCGGUUAUUGCACCCACAGAGGCGAACUUGGCCCUAUCCAAACAUGCCCUCGAGUUACAAUGUGAGAUCCAGGGCGCGGGAGAGAAACAGUGUCCUGAGCAGACCUGAGUUCAUGUCCUUGAAUCAUCAGCCCCUCCGCGGCGGCAGCGGCAGCAGCAGUGGCGGCGGCGGCGGCGGCGGCGGCGGUGGCCCCUCUGAAAGCCGAGGCAGCGCGAGGCGACCGGGUCAAAACAAGCACCAAACAAGCCAGCAGAGUGAAGAACCUACCGACAGUGGCAGCAAGGACAGGAGAGAGCCCAGCAGAAUGCCAGAGGAAGACUGUAUGCAGCUGAACCCUUCAUUCAAGGGGAUAGCAAUGAAUUCCCUCCUCGCCAUUGACAUCUGUCUGUCCAAGCGCAUGGGGGUGUGCGCCUACACGUCGUCUCCCUGGGGAGGCUGCCGCUCCAUGGUCACCCUGUUAGCGCUCACAGGGCACGGCAUCACGUGGAUCAUUGGCACUAUCGUGUGUCUCACAAGGAGUAACACUCUGGCUGGACAAGAGGUCCUGGUCAACCUGCUGCUUGCGCUCAUCCUUGACGUCAUGACCGUGGCUGGAGUCCAGAGACUGGUGAAGCGCAAAGGACCCUGGGAGAUGACACCGGGCUUCAUGGACUGCGUCGCCAUGGACUUCUACUCCUUCCCUGCUGCUCACGCCAGCCGAGCCGCCAUGGUCUCCAAGUUCCUGCUGUCCCACCUGGUCCUGGCUGUGCCGCUACGCAUCCUGUUGGUGCUGUGGGCCUUUCUGGUGGGCAUGUCACGGGUGCUGCUAGGGAAACACCACCUAACUGAUAUGGUGUGUGGCUUUGCACUGGGCAUGUUCCACUUUAGUUUGAUGGAGACUGUGUGGCUCUCCUCAAGCACCUGCCAGACUCUUAUUUCCAUAAGCACACUCAGCUGGAGCCCCUUUUUCUGAGCUCCUGGUGUAAGGCUAUGCUAGCACACAAGGCUUACUUAAUACACGAACACCACAAUGUCAAAGACUUAGGUAGGUAGGUAAGUUAUUUUUCCAAGGGUUUUGAAGUUCUUAUUGCAAAAAGAGAAGCAUUAAUAUCUUGAUGCAGAUGCUGGCUUGCAUGUAACACCCAAGACAAGCAGGUCACAAGACCUUACAAGGUCUUUACAAUGCUUCACAAAUCCUUGUAUCUUCAGUCAGAUCUACUCACACACACCUCUACUGCGCCUUCAUAAUAAAGGGAAAAAUAAGACAAAUGUAAACUGGCAGCAAUUUGGUAGAAAUGUACAUGCAGAAUUAAGGUUUUUGAUUUUUUAAAGAUUUUUUUCUUUGUUUUAGAUUUUUGAUUCUCAUACAGUUUGAAAGCUGGUAUCAUUCAUCCAUAACUGAACUUUCGAUUUAAUAAAUUCUGUCUUGAGUUUGUGUGCCUCCUUCUCUUUACCAUCUUACUUCCUUUUACAUCUACUCUGUUACCUCUUCCUUUUUUCUCCAUUUUUUUUUGUAAAUGUUUUGCUUUUAUAUUGGAUUAGUAAAAUACUUAAACCAUGUUGAACACUGAAUAGAGUUUGGUGUAAGACUGUAAUAUUGGAUGUGACACUAAAAUAGGUGAUUGUUUGGAUAUUCCGCAUUGUUCCUAAUUGGCAUGAAGAUAAUGUUUGCGUAUUUCUGAUCUUUUUACUGUAUGUUCAUCAAAUAUGAACUUAUUUUUGUGUAAAACAAAUGUCACACUUGCACAGAAUUUAAUAUUUUUCUUACAGGUUCAAAUAUGAUUUCCUUCAACGUGCCAUUUACAGUCUGCUGUAAUGAGCUGAGAUCUUUUCUUAUUGCGCCUCAGCUCUUUCAUUUCAGGCUGCUGCCUAACAGAUGAUUAUGGUUUGUCUGUGAUCCUGAUUCUAUGCCCCAAUAAACAACUGAAGCCUGCAAAGCAAAAAUAUCUGUUUGAAGUAUCAGUUUUUAAGAAUUCAUGCCUUUAUUUUCUGAAUGUGUUUUUUAUGGAUAUUUGAAUGAAAUCUGAUUUUUUCUUUUUCCUUUCUGGCAAACGUAUUUCAGUGCAUUGGUUUGGUUUUUAAAUACUGUUUUAUGUACAUUAGUUUAGUUUGUUCUCUAUUUCAUGUUUUUACUUUGUUUUUCCAUCUUAUUAAUAAAAUGAGGUGGACUGUCA